CGACGUCUCGGUGCGUCAGAAUCAGUGACUCCUGUCUCGCCCGGGAGAGAGAAACACGGCUGUCGAGAGACAGAAAAGUAGCCUCGCUCGAGACACAUCGAGCAAUAAAAAAGCAAACGUACGAAAGAUCAAAGAGAAAAAUAAUAAAAAUAAAAACUAUACCAAGAACGUAGACCGACUGGAUUGUCCAAGGGUUGCGGACGUGCAAAUUCGUAUCGUCGUUGUCACGAUAAACAUUCUCAAGAAUUUUUGCAUUCGUCUGUUUUUUUUCUUCGAUUUAUAACUCCGAUACGUUCAACCUGAAGAUUUUAUGUACGUUAAAUAAAUAAAAUAAUAAAUUUGGUGAAAUAACAUUGUAUUUAAAAUACAAAAAAAAAACAUUUUUCUUCGUUUCUUAUACGUAUGUUUUUUGUAAUUGUAUCAAUACACACAGUAGCUGUGUGAUCGCGUAAACUCGUGAAAGCUACGUGCGAGGGCGGUUUCGCGCGUACCGAUAACAUUUUUCCCGUCUUUAUGUUAAAUGAGAGAAAAGUUUUGGAAAUUAGCGAGUUUCAUAUCAGUGGGUCAAGAGGGAAGUGCGUCUGUUUCAGCGGAAUUUACGUUAAUGCACACGGAUGAAAAAGUGAGGUGAGAAAGCGUGGAAAAGCAGUAUAAGGGCGAGAAGAAAAACUGCGGAGCAAGAAGAUUGAAAUACAAUUGCGGGGAUUGUGAGAGUGAGGAAAGCAGGAGAAACGCGCUGUCCGGGGGUGGGUUAUGGGGCCGAGGGAUCCGUGUCGGCUGCUUCGAGCCUUCUCACCUUUCGUUAUUGUCGUAUUAUUCGGCGUUCUCGGAACGCGUCACGCUACCGAUGGAUUUGCCGUUGACGCUCAAAGCGCCUGUCCAUUGCGCCAAUUUUCAUGCGAUAAUGGAAAAUGCAAGCCGAUGCCUUGGGUGUGCGACGGAAGUGACGACUGCGGCGACAACUCGGACGAAAGUCCGUCGAUCUGCAAGAGCGAGGAGUGCAAGGACUCGGAAUUCAAGUGCAGCAACGGCAAGUGCAUACCCGGAAAUUGGCACUGUGACAACGAGCGGGACUGCGCCGAUGGCUCCGACGAGGAUCCGGCUGUUUGCAAAAAGAAGCACUGCACGCCAGAUCAGUUCACGUGCCGAUCCGGAAACGGGGAAUGCGUCUCAUUGACAUGGAUGUGCGACGGCAGUCGCGACUGCAAUGACGGCUCCGACGAAGCUGAGUGCAACGAAACCUGCCGCUCGGAUCAGUUCACUUGCGCGAAUAAAAACUGCAUCCAAGACAGUUGGAGAUGCGAUUUGGACGACGAUUGCGGGGAUGGGAGCGACGAGAAAGAUUGCUCGCCGACGACCUGUCGACCCGGAAUCGAUUUCACUUGCUCACCGGGCUACUGCAUAACCAUGCGGUGGAGAUGCGACGGCGACAACGACUGUCCGAACAACGCGGACGAAAAGGACUGCCCGAACAAUCCGUCACACGGAGUGAAAAGCCACUGCGCCGAACGGGAAUUCGACUGCGGUGAUCACAUCACUUGCAUACACCAGAGCUGGGUCUGCGACAAAUCCAAAGAUUGCCCCAAUGGCUCUGACGAGGACCUGCAGAGGUGCCAGAACGUCACGUGUCGGGCUGACCAAUUUCAGUGCGACGAUCACACCUGCAUCUCAGGACACUUGUACUGUAAUGGAAAAGAGGAAUGUGCGGACAAGAGCGACGAGAAAAACUGCACUACGAAACCAGCUGCGUGCGAUCCUCAGACACAGUUCGAGUGCAGUCAGGGCUCGUGCAUACCUCUCGACCAUGUUUGUAAUGGAAAGCCGGAUUGCCUUGGCUGGGAAGACGAGAGCCUCAAGCGCUGUGGAAUCAACGAGUGUUUGCAAAACAACGGUGGAUGCAGCCAAAACUGUAUUGACAUGCCCAUUGGGUACAGAUGCACCUGUAACGAGGGUUACAGACUUAUCGACAAUCACACUUGUGACGACAUCGACGAGUGUCUGGAGCCUGGCAAAUGCUCGCAAUUCUGUCUCAACGAGAAGGGAAGUUUCAAGUGCAGUUGCGCGAACGGUUAUUUGCGAGAUCCGAAGAACGUGACGCGCUGUAAAGCUACCGAAGGGCACGCCAGUCUGCUCUUCACGAGGCGCCAUGACAUCAGGAAAGUCGCCCUUGACCGCCAAGAAAUGACGGCCAUCGUUAACAACACCAAAUCAGCGACUGCCCUCGAUUUCGUAUUUCGAACUGGAAUGAUCUUUUGGAGCGACGUUUCGGACAAAAAAAUUUACAAGGCCCCGAUCGACGAAGGCAACGAGCGAACUGUCGUUAUCGACAAGGAUUUGACGACUACCGAUGGAUUGGCUGUCGAUUGGAUCUACAAUCAUAUUUACUGGACCGAUGCUGAGAAAAAUACCAUCGAACUCGCCAACUUUGAAGGCAAUAUGCGCAAAACUCUUAUCAGAGACAAAAUUCAGGAGCCAAGAGCCAUUGCUCUUAAUCCACUUGAGGGAUGGAUGUUUUGGACCGAUUGGGGCGACGAGGCACGGAUCGAGAGAGCCGGCAUGGAUGGAUCCCACAGAUCGAUUAUCGUCGGCUCCGAAGUAAUCUGGCCGAAUGGUUUGACGCUGGACUUGAUCGGACAACGAGUUUACUGGGUCGAUGCGAAACUCCACAUAAUCGCGUCCUCGAAUUACGAUGGUUCGAGUCGACGAACAGUUUUGUUCUCCCUCGACACUCUGAGACAUCCUUUCAGCAUAACAACCUUCGAGGACUACGUUUAUUGGACCGAUUGGGACAAACAGACGAUUUUCAAAGCGAACAAAUUUACGGGAAAAGAAGUGCGACCGUCGACCUCGUUGAGAUCUCUACAAAAUCCUAUGGUCGUUCACGUCUAUCAUCCUUACAGACAGCCGGAUGGAACGAAUCAGUGCCAAGCCGUUAAUGGUCAUUGCAGCCAUCUUUGCUUGCCCGCACCAAAGAUCAAUUCAAGAUCGCCGCUUCUCAGUUGCGCUUGUCCCGACGGCCUCAGGCUCAGACCCGACGGUCAAAUGUGCGUCGAGAACGUAACGACAACAGUAGCUCCUACGACGGAACAGUCUACGAGACUAUUUAAGAAGCUUGAAACUCCGGUUACCACCAGCGUUAAUCCCACCGACGCUACCGAUCGAAACAGGGGCAUCAAUGUGGGAAACGAUCCGACCGACCCAGGCUUGGUCGCUGGUAUUGUAAUUGGCGGUGUGACCCUUGGCCUUUUGGUUCUCGCUCUCGUUGCGGUACUCUGCUACAGGCAUUAUCUUCAUCGUAACGUCACAAGUAUGAACUUCGAUAAUCCAGUGUACAGAAAAACUACCGAGGAUCAAUUCAGCCUUGAAAAAAAUCGUUUUCCUCUCCCCGCUGCUACGGUCGGAGAAGAGGCACAGGAACCACUGACUUCUCCGGGCACCAAUGACUACGUGUAAGGCUCCAAUCGGUCUAUUAGAGAAGGGCUCAGCAGGCAGAAGAACAGAGAUGAUGAAGUGAAAAGUUAGUGUCGCGAGCGAAUAAUCGAGGAAAAAGGGGAAGAAAAAUGAAAUGCGGUGACGUAACGCGACAAAGGCCUGACCGGAUGCCCGCCUGCUGCCUGCCAAUUCAGCUGUGAUUAUGUUUAUUUUUUGUACCGUGUCUAUUACUUUUAAAGUUUUCGCGUCUCAUCGUUCGACCGUUAUACAUAUACGAUAGUUAUAUAAAUUUUUGCGUGAAUUUAAUUUGCUCAUAGGCAUAAAAGGAAAAUCCUCCGAGAAAUCCUAAACCGCCAAACUAGUUUUUAGUACAUAUAAACAUAUAUUUGUCAAGUCACAAGACCUUAGUUCGGGAAACUUUAGAGUCGUGAGAAUAGGUAAAUAUUUCUUCGGUUCCUACGAUAUUUCGCCGAUGAGCGCUGGUUAAUGCAUUCCCCUGAUCCUCCCGUCCUAACACGAUCAGACAUUGAGCACCAAUUCCCCUUCGGAAUAAACAAAUAAUAAAUUGAAAAGUCAAAUAAAAAAUUGUAAAAGGAAAAAUGAACAAACAUAAUACAAACACGUAACAUACGAUCUUCGAUCGAUCAUUCACCUGCACAUAAAAUGCAUGACCCGUGAAAUUUGUACAUACUUUUUCUUAGAACCGAAGCUAAUUCAUCGUUUCAUAACUAACGGAUAAGUUACGAUCUGUGUGUAUAUAAUCAUUGAAUUUAAAUUGAUACCAAGUACAUUAUUGAACCGAUUGAUUGCAAACGAUUCUCUGUUCCACGGGAUUAUUCAUUGAGCGAAAUUCCUUUACACUUGCACCGGAAAAAAUCAUUUUCGAAACUAUGAAAACGGAUAUAUAAAUAUAUAUGAAAUGGAAGAAGUAAAAAAAACACGACGAUUUUAUUGAAUCGUCAAAGUUGCAAGAAAAUUUGUGCAAUAAUUGAUUUACACGGUAACCUUUGUAAUAAAUUGAUACUCUCCUUUUAUGUUGGUCGUGGAAAUAUCUUGGGUUUAUCUCUGUCGAGUCAACGAGUUUUCUUUCGACCGAGGAGCAAUUCUUAUGAGAAGUAGCUCCGUAUCGCAGAAAUCGAUUCUAUUCAAUUAUACGUUUAUGUUACAAAAAUUAGUUGAUUAUUAAUGAAUUCAUGACUACAGCGUAAUAAUGAUAAACUAAUUAGGUGUAAUUAAGGAGCAGCUCAAUGACACUAAGAGUGACUGUGCGUCUGUUUAAAUAAAACAACUAUUUAGGUAUCUUGUCUUAUUAAAAGAAAAAUCAGUGUACAAGAAAUAUGUAUAGAAGAUAUUGUAUCAAAUUUAAGGAAAAAAAACUUGGCUUAUACUA